UACCAGUAGCGGGCGAACAUCCUGUAGCCGAACAUUUACACCCAAAGUAGACGCUGUUCACGGUGAAAGUACGCAGCAAAUCAACUAAUCGAUUUUUGCGAUUAUCAGAUCACAAGACGAAGGAAUAAGAUCAUAUAGGAAAUCUUAUUCUCUCGCUUCAUCUUUGACUUGUGUUGAUGUGGAUUUCGUGAUUACUGGACAAAAAUACAAGCCUGUCAUUGUUUCGGGGCUAAGAAGCGGAAGUUUGCGUGUUUAUCAGAACGAAAGCAAUCGAAAUGGCGAAGAUAGAUAGGUCUCUCGUGUUAUUCUUUGUACUUAUGUUUUGUGCUGGUUGUGUAGACUGUAUACAUGUGGCAACUGGGACAGUUUACAAUUUUACGUCAGGGAUAACAGGAGAUAUUGAAUUGGGUGACUGGAGACUCAAUGGCAAUUUGGUGGUUGAGUGGGAAGGUAAAAGUGAGCCUGUGUGGUACCGAUUAAAAGACCGAGCACAGUUUAACCGUGCCAACGGAGACCUCUCAGUUGUUCUGACGAAGAAUGACAGCGGUGCAUAUACGGCCCAAUUCCAAGUGAAAGGAGUUCUGCAGUAUUAUGCCAUUACAAUUAAUGUGAUUGAUCCAUUGACUAAGCCGGAGGUGACUUGUGAGCAAAAUGGCCAAAAUAUAACACUUAAGUGUUCACUGGUUCCUCCAGUGGAGGCAAAGUUUAAAUGGACCGGACCAAAUGGGUUCUCUCAUGUUGGGGAUAGUGUUCAAAUUUCCAGAAAUGAAAACGAUGACUCAAUUUAUUACUGCACUGUAGAAAAUGCACUGGGCGAAAAGGCAACAAAGUCAACAGAGUUCAAACCAAAACUGUGUUUCUCUAAAGAUCCAGGCGAUGAUUCAAGUAAUGGUGCUAUUGUGGGAGGAGUUAUUGGAGGACUCGCAGUAUUCGCAGGCCUUCUAUCAGCUGGAUUCUUUAUUUAUAAUUAUAUAGGUAAAGAGAGCACGGGAACAGGAGAAGGAGACAAUGAACAAAAGACACCUAUGGAAGAUAAAACUUCAAACAACCACAGUCUGGAUGAUGGAGCUACUACCCCUCUGGCAAACGACGAGACACAUCAGGAUGUUUAAUCAGAAAACAAAACAUGUCUGCAGUCAAAGAUGGAAUCCAAAUAUGCUAAAUAUGGUGCACAUUUAACCCCUGAAAAAAGUGCAAGAUAUUGAAAAGUAAAUCAUCAAAAAGAAUGUUUUCAAGGCUGAAGGACAUACACGAGAAAAUCCUAGGUUUUAAAAUGCAGACAUGACACUUUUAAAUGUUUUAAAUUUUCUGUUUGUUUGUUUUUUUUAGACUUUGUUCUUUGUAUUUUAUUGCUCCUUCCUUUGGUUUUUGUUUGGGUCCAAUACUGUUAUAGAUGGAGGAAGCAGUGAGUGAUGCUGAUAGUGUAGAAAAUAUACUAGGCUCUAAUAGUAGGCUCUUACCAUGAAACGUCCAAAAAAGUUUUAAUUUACUAUUUAUGUUCCCCCCACAUGCCCCCAUCUAACAAAUGUUUGCUUUAUUUACAUAAUAGAAGUGACUGCAGUUUGGAAUAUUAGGCAGCUCUUGUUAAGAAACAGGGAGAUGGAACUAUAGCCAAAGAGCUCUUAGGAGGAGAACAAUCACUGGAUCAUGAUCAUUGGCUAUUCACAGAAUGUGAACGUUCAGUGCAUGAAAUCCUCCAAUGUGUCUGGGAUGAUUUCCCUAAAUACUAUUCUUUGAAAUCACCAGGCUUUCUUCUGUCAAUUGAUAUUAAUGUUAGUGUUGGCCUUCUAACUACAUAUGUAUGUCCUUUGGUUAACACGUACAGUGCAUAUACUGUAAAAUGUCUACACACCCUUAUGAUAUUACAAGCUUUUUAAAAUAUAAAAACAUCAUCUUUUAUCUUCUAACUUUAAAUGUGAUCUUCCAAAAAUAAAUAAAUAAUUUAUAAUUGGGAAUACAACAUCUACAACAUCCUGCACAAGUCUGCAAACCCUCUCAUAAUGGGGUCUCUACCUGUCCUGAGAUUUCAGCAGUCACUUUUAAAAUUUUUAAAUCUUGAAAGUCACCAAUCAAGAGAAGGAUAUAACAGAAAAAAUGCAAUAAGUGGAGAAAAUGUGGCAUCACCGAGACAUUGCACAGAUAAUGACAACUCUCCCGGUUUGAAAUGACAAGGAGAAAUCUUACCAAGAGGCUAACAGUAACACUGAAAGAACUACAGGAAGUUCUAGUAGUCACAUGAGUGACUACCAUCUCCUGUGUUCUGCACAAGUCUGGGCUUUGGGGGGGGGGGGGGGGGGGCAAGAUGGAGGCUUUUUCUUACUAAAGGGAACAUGCAAGCCGAAGAGAUUCAUUCAGUUACUUUGCAAAUACUGUUUUGCAAGAAAGAGUUAUAUAAAAUUCCAAGUCUAGAUGUGUGAGAAUAAUAGAGACUUGUGCAUGAAACUUGAUGCUGUAAAAAAGGCAGAAGGUGCUCCCACAAAGUAUUAGUUGGGCUGGGUGUUCAGACUUAUUGCAUUAAAGAUGUAGUAAGUCAAAACAUUUUUUUUUCUAUUUAAAAUCUUGCAUGGGUUGAUAUUACAAUCUGUACAGUCUCCAGUACAAUGUAUGUUGCUUAAUGUUUAAUUGCCGAGAAUUAGUUUGGGUGAUGCUGGGUGAUAAUCUUGUUUCCUGAGUGCUUAAAUUUAAACCAGGAUCACACAUACAUACAUACACGCAUACACCUUUGGACAAAUUCAGUUGAACUCGUUGGGACUUUCUUGCAGAUAGCAUGGCCAAGUGGAACAAUGCCUCUUGCAGUGAAUGACAAGGUUUUUUAUUUUAUUAUAUUCCAAAAAUUGUCUUUUAAACCAUGCAAAAAAGGUCAUAAAUACUCUGUACAAUACUCUAAUUAGAUGAUCAAUUGCUGCCUGAAUCUAAAUAUUGUAAGCAGAAUGGCUGAUGUUUUUAUUUUAUUAUUAUUGCCACAUGAUGAGAGAGAGAUGCGCUGUCUUGUAGGAGUAGUAAGCAUAUUAAAAGGCCUUAGGGGAUGCUGUGUCCUCCUUAAGUUGUACAAAGUGCUUCUGACACUCUAGUGUGUGAAACAAGACGUCAGGGUGUCUGCUUGUUACUCUUGGGAUUCUCUGAGAUAUUACUUUCUGAGCUAUUGUGCUUUUACCUCUGUAAAUUAUGCAACCCAGACUCUCGCUUUGUAAACUCAUCAAAAUAGUAAAACCAACCUGCUUGUUUUGUGUGUCAAUGUAAAAAAAAAAACUUGUUUGAAAGUGUU